AUGAACUCGCUCGAAGACCACGAAAGGAAAAUUAUUAUUGAGUUUUGUCAUCUGUUGGAGAAGUCGAAGCAGCUCUUCAACAGCUUGAGGGAGCUGCCGCAAUAUGGUCACAGGCAAUGGCAUUCAUAUUUCGUACGAACGUUUGACGUUUACACCAAACUGUGGAAAUUCCAACAACUGCAUCGAGACAUUCUGGAUAGCAAAUACGGAUUGAAACGCUGGCAAAUUGGAGAAAUCGCAUCAAAAAUCGGACAACUCUACUAUCACUUUUACCUACGCACAAGUGAAACUGCAUACCUCAGUGAAGCAUUUUCCUUCUACUCCGCAAUACGUGGGCGCAGAUAUUACACACAGGCCUGCAAAGAAGAUAAGUGCGAGCUAAUGGUUAAAAAGUUGCGCUACUACGCCCGCUACAUUGUGGUUUGCCUCCUACUCAAAAAACUGAGCCUCUUACGAGAUCUUAUUAAAGAACUGGAGAAACAGAUAGUUGAGUAUGGUAAGACAUACGACCCGGAAGACCAAAUAGAAUGGACUGUCGUCUUGGAUGAAGUUAGAGCUUUUAUCAUCGCUGAAUCUGUGGUAUCCGUUAUUCAUCCCGAAAACUAUACAAUUGUACUAUCCCACAGAUUAAAUGUAAUGUGCGUUCCGCCUCCAGAAAGGCUGACACAAACAUCUAUAUCCCUACAAGAAGCUGUCAUUGUGGGCAGUAUCUCACAACAAGUAAAAUUCUCUGAACUCACAAUGGAUAUGUACCGAAUACUGCAAACACUGGAAUGGGAGCCAACGGGUGACAUGCCUCAAAUUUACACCGAGUCUCCUCGAUAUCGUUUUACCAUGCCACAGAUUAAUAAAGGAUAUAACUCACGCACGCCACAUGUUGGUGGGGAUGUCACGCCGCGUCGUGAGAAUCCCCACAAAUAUUUGCUAUUUAGGCCAUCGGCAGCCCAGAUCCUGGUGUACCUUGCUAGCGGCUGUUACGACCUACCAUCCAAUGGAGCUCUUCUCCUUUACAUAUCUGCUGAAGCUCUUAUAGUUCCGCCUAUAAAAAACCUAGAAGAUGGUGGUUACGACGUUGGCGGCCUCAUAACUAAUAUGAAGACUGAAAUAUAUAGAGAUAGGGAUAACGAAAGGGAAAAGGAUAGAGAAAGAGAUUGGGAGAGGGAAAGGGAAAGGGAAAGAGAUAGGGACAAAGACCAAUCCCGAGAUUCAAAGCCUGGUUCAUCAAAGUUUAAAGAGCAACAGUGCAUACACCCAGGUGACCUAUACCCUUUCACCCGCUGUCCGCUCUUUAUCAUAAUUGAUUCUGACAAUUCGUACGUUUUUCAAAACAUUCCUCGACAUUUCGGACAGCCAUUAAUCGUGCUGAUGUCGCCUCUGGACGUACCGUCUAUAUUCCCAGAACACAGAAAGAACGGCAGCCUGUUUACACUGUUCCUCCAUUCUCCGCUCUCCGCUUUCUGCUUUAUCUGCAAUAUUGAGGCAACAUCACUUAUUCAAUGGGAGCGCGCGCAGAGUUACAUAGAAACCUUCCUUAUAGAAACAUCUCACAUCAUGCUGAGACACAGACUUGACCCCGCAUUUAUUGCCUUUAUGGCGGACGAUUUCUUGCGGCUCAUAUUGCUUCGAUAUAUAUUCUGCGAGGUAUUGCUGCGAAUGCAUCGUGGGUUCCGCGCCAUAUCCAACCUUCCACGUUCAUCGCCUCCGCUACCAGACGACCUGCUUGAACAUCCAACACUAGUCCAUAUUGUAAUGGAUCUAGCUGUACAUCUUCAAGUACGGAGCCACUUCCAUGAUUCAUCUGGCCCUCCACCAACCAAGGAGUUUUCAAAUAACAGAUAA